UUCACAAACCACCAGUCGCGCAUUUACCAGCUGUCGUGAAUUUCCAACGGUAUACACAAUGUUCAAAACCUGCCAGGCUUGCGUGAAAAACGUAAAUCCAACCCGUUUUAUCGUAGAGUUGUAGGUGACGUAAAUUCUCUACGCAAAUAGCGCUGAGGCGAAUCGGGUUUUGAUCCGAAGAAGUGUGAAUAGGCAAUGGGAAUAGUAACGACGUAUCUUUUCGGGGAGAAAAUUCAGGUCAGAGGGGGGUGAGUUUAUAACAACAGAUUUAUCAGGACAUGCCGUCGCCGCUCUAGCUGCACCGAUUCGGUUCGGGAGGAGUCCAGUCGGUUGUCAGCAAUGUUAGACACUGCAUUAAAAUGUGUGUACCCCCGGGUUGUAGAGGCUGACUGACCGUAUGAAAGAUUGCAUGGGCGCACUCCCCGGCACACUCAGUGGAGUGGAGAUAACGAAUUACAGAAAUCAAGGACGUGUUGCAAUUUAUAGAAGGAUACCAAACAGCUCCACUGAAAGCGAUCGUGACCGUGCGCGCUGUUUGACGGCUACGGCACGGUGAGAAUAGGCGUUAUUUUCACCGCGGUGGUUUGGACGGUUUCAUCCCAAUAGAACCUCGACCACUGUUGGAGUCGGGGUGAAAUAGAGGUGGACAACCGUAGGAUGGGAGAGCAAUCGGAACCGAUGCAGUGGUUCUUGACACGGCAUCGUAACAACACAGGGCAGUGAUGCCGGGCAUGGUGAUGUUUCGACGGCGGUGGUCAGUCGGCAGUGAUGACCUGGUGCUGCCCGCCCUCUUUCUGUUUGUACUGCACUGCGUAUGGUUGGUGGUUCUGUCUGUGGUUCUGUUUGGCCUGCCCUAUGGUUCUGACCAGUCCUGCUCGGUCACUCUGGUGGACCAUGGGCGUGGCUACUUGGGCAUCCUGGUCAGCUGUCUGAUCUGUGAGAGUGCCAUCAUGUGGCUCAGCAUGAGGGGCAGCAUCCUGUACACGCAGCCUAGAGAGGCUGUGCAGUAUGUGCUGUACAUACGACUAGCAAUCCUGCUAGUGGAGUUGGUGUAUGCCGUGGUUGGGAUUGCCUGGCUAGUUCAGUACUACCAACCAUGCUCCGAUGUAACUGCCAAAAACCUGGCUCUUGGCAUUGUGGUGUGUAACUGGCUGGUCAUCUUCAGCAUGUGUUUUACCCUCAUGUGCACCUUCGACCCAACUGGACGAACAUUCGUCAAGCUGAAAGCCACCCGCCGUCGCCAACGCAACCUCACCACAUACACACUCAGACACAGACUGGAAGAGGGGCAGGCAAGCAGUUGGAGUAGAAGACUCAAAUUCUUCAUGUGCUGUACCAGAGCCCAGGACACACAAUCUGACGCCUACUCAGAGGUGGCCAGCCUGUUUGCUGAAUUCUUCAGGGACCUGGACAUUGUGCCUAGUGACAUCAUCGCUGGACUGGUUCUGCUCCGCCAGAGGCAGAGGUCCAAGAGGUCGGCCAUCUUGGACCAGGCCAACAAUGAUAUUUUAGCCUUCUUAUCUGGAAUGCCUGUCACCCGCAACACCAGAUACCUGGACCUUAAAAACUCGACUGAGAUGGCCAUGUAUAAGGAGGUGUGUUACUACAUGCUGUUUGCCCUGGCUGCCUAUGGCUGGCCAAUGUACUUGAUGAGGAAGCCAGCCUGUGGACUUUGUCGUCUAGCCAGCUCCUGCCCAUGUACGUCUGUGUCGGGCUCCCGUCUGUCCCAGUCGGUCACAGUGGAGGAGGACAACUGCUGCGGUUGCAACGUCCUGGCCAUUCGACGUCACUUCCUCGACAGAGAGCUCAAACAGGUCCACAUUGUCUACACUUCCUGCCACGACGCGGUCUAUGAGACGCCGUUCUUUGUGGCAGUGGAUCAUGGAAAAAAGAAGGUUGUCAUCAGUAUCAGAGGUACUCUGUCUCCCAAGGAUGCGCUGACUGACCUAACAGGGGACUCUGAGCGUCUACCUCUGGAGGAGCAGCAUGGAACCUGGCUGGGGCACAAGGGUAUGGUGUACUCUGCAGAGUACAUCAAGAAGAAGCUGGAACAGGAGAUGAUCUUGUCACAAGCCUUUGGGAGAGACCUGGGUAAAGGCACCAUGCACUAUGGGCUGGUAAUCGUGGGUCACUCUCUAGGUGCGGGUACCGCUGCGAUUCUGUCCUUCCUGCUACGGCCCCAAUAUCCCACUCUGCAGUGUUACUCCUACUCCCCGCCUGGUGGCCUUCUCAGUGAGGAUGCUAUGGAGUACUCCAAGGAGUUUGUUACCUCAGUGGUUUUGGGGAAGGACCUGGUCCCAAGGAUUGGCCUUUCCCAGCUGGAGGGGUUUCGGCGACACCUACUGGAGGUUUUGCAGAAAAGUGACAAGCCAAAGUGGAGGAUCAUCGCAGGGGGCACAAAGUGCAUCCCCAAGUCCGAGUUGCCUGUGGAGGACAGCACCCAGCCCCCCCCAGUUGCGCCUCCCAGUGCACGGCUAUGGUUGCACCCCAGUGACCUCAGCAUCGCCUUGUCAGCCUCCACCCCCCUGUACCCUCCUGGGAAGGUCAUACAUGUGGUGCACAACCACCCCCCAGAGACCUGCUGCGGCCAGGAGGAACCCACAUACUCUGCUCUCUGGGGGGACAACAAAGCCUUUGAUGAGGUCAUCAUCUCUCCUGCAAUGCUUAACGAACACAUGCCUCACAUGGUGAUGGAAGGCCUCAACAAGGUGCUGGAGAACUACAACAGAGGGAAGACUGCCCUGCUAUCCGCUGCUAAGAUCAUGGUGAGCCCCACAGAGGUCGACCUCAACCCUGAGACCAUCUUCAUGGCCGUGCCAAAUUCCCAGCAGCCCACGCCUGCCAUGCAUCACCGCAGGAACAGCAGUGUCCGUUCCUGUGCCCGGUCUGAGAUAUCCCUUGAUGGCUUUUCGGAGUGCCCUCCUCCCCCAGUACCGGUGGUUCUACGGGGGGCUAGGGAGCGCCUAGCGGUGGAGUUGAGAGACAGGAAGGCCCCCCUGGCCGUGAUGGAGAGCCUGUCUGAUGCUGAGUCUCUCUACAGCCUGGACUCCAGACGCUCAUCUGCGGCUUUGAGGGGAUCUCCCAUGCUGGGCUGCCUCCCCUUCUCAUUGGAUGCCCCCAUCCCAGAGGAGAACCCCUCCCUCAGCUCCCGCACUGAGCUCCUGGCUGCCGACUGCCUCUGCCAGGCCACACCGGAGCACCUAGGACAGGCAGGGCCAUACUUUACCCCCCUGGAGUCUGGAUCAACGCCAGAUUACAUCAUGCGUCUGUCACCUGCCACCCCUCGCUUCAGCGGUCACCAUUCCCCAGCCCCUCUAGGACAGAUUGUCCUGGCCCAGCAGUCUGACUCCAGCACCCCACAUGAGACAGAGCUAGAUGGGGGAGUCCAGGAUAUACCUGCUGUCUACAGCCCUGACAGCACCCCCCCAGUCCCCCACAGGGCUCGGACCAACCUUGGGCCAGAGAAUGGGGGAUAUGGAAAAGACGUGGAUGGGUGGGAGAAAAGAGAGACAGCAGAAGAGACGCAACUCAAGGCAGAGCCCUCUGCCUCCACCCCUCCACCCCAACUCUCCAAUGGGAACCCCAGCCAGGCAGUGCUGGAGUUUGCCCAGUAUCUGGACUCUCUCUUCAGGCUAGACGGCAGCAGCUCUCCCCCUCUAGAGCUGUCUGAUGGAGAAUCUGAGUCUGGCAGAGGAUCAUACGACCAGGAAGAGGGGUCGGGGGAAGGACAACAACGGGGGGAGGACAAACAGCUGCUGGCCAGGGCCACUCUUGAGCCCAACCUGGUCCCCAAGCCACCCCGCACCUUUGCUGACUCUGCAGACCCCUCCUCCGGCAUCUCCCUCUCUCCCUCCUUCCCCCUCUCUUCUUCUGGGGAGCUGAAUGACCUGUCCCCCUCUGAUGGAGCUCCUACAACCACACACUCAUUAAGAACAUCCACCCCCUGCCCUUACCCAGAGGAAAACGUACUAUCUUCCAUGGUGUAGUAGUACACCUGCCGGGUUCCUCCCUCUUCCUCUUUCCUCACUCUUUCCAUCCUCCUUGGAUGUUCUCAUCUGACCUUCUCCGACGCAUCACAGAGCAUGCAUGCAGUUGAAUGCAGUCUGCUGUGCUGGCAUCAAGACACAACAGACACAACAAAACCAUAAACAAAGUGACUGAGACAAAUAACUCUAAUUAAAAAAAAUUCAGGUGUUAAAGCUAAAUUCUGUGUAUAGCAUUUCCACUACUGUUGUAUGAAAAUAUGUAAUUAUCUGUGCAUGCCAGGGGCCUGUGCUGAAUAGGAAGAGCCUCACUAAUAUCAUUCCAACACACUAUCUCACUCACAUCCACAUGGCAUUGUUAUGUAGAGAUGUGGCAUUAUUUUAAGUAAAGAGCUAGGCAGGGGGGAAGUUAUUAUACUGUAGGUAAUCUAGGUGAUGCAUUUCCCAGAGUCAGGUGCCUAAUUUAAAAUAUAUAUAUAUACACAUUAGGCAAAAGUGGAAAAUCUUAUCUAGUGGCUUGACAUCUCCCUCCUCAUCCCUAGAAGUUCACUGUAUCCCGUAUAACUCUUUAACUCAAUAUCAGGAAUAUGACGACCACAACAGAUAGACAGAGUGCUGAGUAGAGGAGAGAGGAUGCUAAGAUGUUCUAAGUUCCUCAGGUCUUUCAGGAAUUUACUGUGUGGGUGAGAGGGUAACAUACAGAUGACAUACAUGUGUCUUAAAAACAGUGAUUGUGACAAAUAAAACAAUGCCUCCAGUUGUUUAUUUUGAAGUACAUUUUUGUAGUGCAUGAAGGUAGAUUCCUUUUUUUCUUUACUAAAGGGGAAGUUUCUCUUAUUCAAAUGUUCAUACUUUUAUUUGGAUAAUGUCAUACACAUACAAAUGCACAAUUUGCCCCAUCCCCCUUUGCCAAAAAUGUAUUGCCAAAUGUAUUUAUAUAAAGGUGUAAUAUUGUUUAUGUAUGUGAAUACUGUUCAAGUAUAUACCAUUGAAACAACAAACAAAGCCCUAAAGUACCAAGUUAAGCUAAAAAAGGGAUAGGAUUCAUUUUAAUAUCUCUCGAUCUGCCAAUCAAAUGGAUUUCUGUGUAAAAGGACUGUGGAAAGGGAUGCCAUUUUGACUCACUAACACUGCCAUGGCACAUGUUCUCCACACCCCUGCCCUUUCCUGGAGUCUCCACCAAGCUCAGCUUGUUGAAGGAUAACUUUUGAGAUACUGUAUGAGAUUUAUUUCUUCCCCUACAAGAGAUGGGGUUAGUGUAAUCUGGAGAAUUGAGAAGUAUAUGUAGGUGUACAUCCCAAACUGUCAAGGUUGUUGGUGUAUAAUGUAGUUGAAUGCUGGUUAAUAUUUAAUAACAGACCACCACAAAGGGACCCUUAAAGAACGAGUGUUGACGAUUGUCCACUUUUGGGGGAGGUAAAUUCUCCUCCUUUCAAUUUUUGACCUCAGAGUCUGAGUUCCCUUUAAAACUGGUUAAUCUCAAGCCUAGGUGGGUUUGUACUGGAGCAAUAGGCUCAUUACAGAGCCAAGUAUCACUGCAUUUUACUAGAAUAUGGGGCAUAUACAUACUUAAUAUCAGUUGGGGUUAUGUUGCAUUAGCACAAACACUACAUUAUUUAUUACCAUUACAGUUGAUAUCCUGAUUAUUGCUAUUGUUGAUGGUAUUAUUAUGCAUUUUAUUACUCUUGUAACAUUUGCUUUUUAAGGUUGAGUAUGGUGAGUUUUAGCAGACUUGCCUAAAUAAGGGAAUAUAUGUAUAUGUGGGGAAAUGUCCAGGUGAAGAUGUACUGAAUGGGGUACAUGGUGGCAGUGAGAGCUGUUUGAGAGACUGGUUUUGGGAUAUGCUACGCAAAGGACUCUAUAAUAAUGAAUGGGGUCAUUACAGUAACGUGUGGUGCAACACAGACAUGUUAAUGGGGUCGCUGGGACCAUUAGUAACGCUCUGUACUGUAUUGUGACUAAGGGACUUGCUAUUGUGCCUCUUAACAGGCUCUUCCUUAGUGUCCAGUUUACGGUUUGAUGACUUUCCAGUCUAUGCUAACAAUCAGAUUUGGACUGGAGGGAUGAGCACAGUCACAGGAAGCGAGGGUACUUUUUCACUAUGGCAUGUACAGCACUGUCUUCUUUGUGUAAUUAUUUAUAAGCUAUGUCUUGUUACUUGUCUUUUUAAGAAAAAAUAUAUUACAUUUCAAUAGGAUAAUAAUGUAGAAGAUUACUGUAUUAUGAAAACGAGUAUAUCAUAAAUCUAUAUCGAUAUUGACAUAUAUAUAAAAAGAUGUAUGAAAAAAUUAAUCUAUUUAGUAAGAACGCAAAAAAUCUACAGUAUACAAAAGAUUCAGUCUAUUGGCAGAAUUUUACAGAAUCCUUUAAAAGCAGAUUUAGAGAUUGGUCAUGUUGAAGAGGAAAUAAUUCAAUUAUGUCUUGUCCUUGUUUAUUUGGUUUGCUACUCUUCCCGUCUUGUCCCAGAAUGAGAAUGUAUUUGAACCUUAUACCCCACUGCUCUGCCUGUAAUAAAAUAAAGCAAAACCAACUUCAGAGA